UACAACAGUUGCUGGUGUCAUCAUAGAACUUGUGGUGGAUCUGAGUCAAGGAGGCAAAUUAGAACGCAACCACUGAUAAAGGAAACAGAGCCGCGAUUAGGGAGAGCAGUAACUGAGGAGGAUGUAAUUUGUCAAAAAUGUUACAGAUCUUUUUCUCGCAAACAAACAGUUGUUGGUGCCUCAAGUACAUGUACUCUAACAUGCAGUGAUCCAGAAUCUUCCCCAUCUCUGCCCACUUGUAACUCAGAUUCAAAUCCCUUAUUAAAAAGUCCAAAAUCAAUAUGCCUUCCCAUAACAUCAACACCAAAAGGUCACAGAAAAUGUGUCAUUUGCAGAAAGCCAUACUCAGACAGAAAUCGCCUUAUAAAUAUCCCAAAGUCCUCCAUUGCACAAGCUUUUGUUGAAACAGGAAUCUUCAUCAAUGAUGACAGCAGAUGCUGCAAGAUGCAUGUUGAAGAUGGCCACCUAAAAAAAGAUGCACUCUCACUACUAACAACAACAAAAGGUGAAGAACAACUAUCAAGAACUGACAUAUGCAAGCUUUUAUCUAGCCUUAGAACUACCAUCAAAUCAGCAACUUACCUCAACUUUGAUGUUCCAUCUCUUUUGAGUGAAGAAGACUAUUUGAGUCUCACUGGCUUAAAAAGAGAGCAAUUUGCAGAACUUAUUAAUGAAUUAAAGAAUCUAAGAAACAAUUCCAGCCGUACCAAGAGAACAUGUCUUGCUGUAUUCCUGACAAAACUCCGAACUGGCCUUCCCAACACAAUACUCUCCACAAUCUUCAAGCUUUCUGUAUCUCAGAUUCAAAGAAUAAUUCCAUCAGUAAGAGAGGCUCUCAUGCAGAAUUUUGUGCCAAAACAUUUUGGAUUCCAACAUAUAAGUCAUCAGGAAUUCUCUUUGCACCAUACUACUCCAAUUGCCAGAAAGCUUUUCAACAGUGAGGACAACCCAGAUCAAGCUGUGCUAAUCUUGGAUGGCACAUAUAUUUACAUCCAAAAGAGUCAUGAUUAUGAAUUCCAACGACUUUCAUACAGCCUUCAUAAAAAUCGUCCAUUGGUGAAACCUAUGAUGGUUGUGGCCUCUGAUGGGUACAUCCUAAGUGUUCUGGGACCAUAUGUAGCAGAUUGUCACAACAAUGAUGCCAGCAUAACAAAGCAUAUGUUCUCACAAAAUGCUGAAAACAUUCAAGUAUGGUUAAAAGAAGAUGAUGUGGUCGUAGUUGACAGAGGGUUUAGAGAUGCAGUAACUUUUAUGGAAGAUAACGGAUUAAAAGUCCACAUGCCAUUCUAUCUGAAAAGGGGAGAAAAGCAACAUACAACUAUGGAAGCCAACCUAUCCAGAAUGGUCAUAAAAGUAAGAUGGGUGGUAGAGAGUGCUAAUGGCAGGCUAAAACAGUGGAGACUACUGGACAAAUUUAUUCCUAACAAGAUGCUUCCACAGGUAGGAGAUUUUGUUAGAAUUGUCUGUGCACUAUGUAACUGUUUUAGGCCUUGUCUUGGAAACUGAAGAAGUGGCCAUCAGAAUGCUGGAACGAUCACAGAAAUCCAAUGAAGUCCAGGUUCUUGUUCAAGAAAACAACCUGUUAACUCGCCGUGCUGUGUACACAGCUAUUGAUGCCUCUUCUGAGCUUGAUGAUUUCCCUGUCCUUUCACUUGAUGACUUGCGCUCUCUUACAGUAGGAAUUUAUCAAAUAAAACAUGCAGAGAAUUACACACGAGAACAUUUAAAAGAUGAAGGCAGCUAUGAAGUAAUGGUAUGCCAUGAUUUUCCAAAUCUUUUGAGGGUUAAAAUUCAGUCUAGGCAUUCUAGAAAUGUACUUCACACACUUUGGAUAAAAUAUAGAGGUAAGGAGGAGAGUGUAGAGGCCAUUUGUGGUUGGUACUGUACUUGCAAAAUUGGAGCAAGACUGGUUGGUUGCUGUGCCCAUGUGUCCAGUGUACUGUGGUUCCUUGGAUGGAAAAGGCAUAAGGGUGAAGAACUAAUGUCAUCUGGA